AUGCUCCAACCGCAUUUACGGACGCUCCGACCGAAGCUCCGACUGACGCUCCGACCGAAGCUCCGACUGACGCUCCGACCGCCGCUCCCACGGAUGCGCCGACCGAUGCCCCCACGGACGCUCCCACGGAUGCCCCAACAGACGCCCCAACAACGCAACGGUCUGCUUGAUCUCAGUGAAGUCGAGGGCUAUGUGAACUCGCUCAAGCAAAAGGCCAUCGCUGACAUCAACACUGGCGCUGCUGCAGCGACGGCCUCCAUCACCGAAAGCUACAGCGCCAAAAUCAAGUGCAUUCAAGAUGCCUUUAGUCAGCUUUACGGAUCGAGCCCAGGCAUUCCAAACGACAGUGCUCUCCAAGCGUUUUUCCAGGUCGUUGAUGUCAACUGUGGCACUCUCGUGACACCAACGCCGACGACGUCCUUGCCACUUCCGGUGCAAUUGCACUACACGCAUUCCGACGUCAUUGAUUACGUCUCCAACACACUUCAAGGUUCCAAACAGUUUAUCAACUGCACGUCCUCGGCCUUGAGCAAGUACCCCGCCAACCAGCCCCUUAGCUACGAUGACGUCCAGGUUUUGCUCUAUACCGUUCGCCACGUCUGCCUUCCGCCGACCACGCCCGUUGUGACAACCGUGACGCCGGAGCCAACGACCGUGACGCCCGAGCCGACGACUGUGACGCCGGAGCCAACGACUGUGACGCCGGAGCCAACGACUGUGACGCCGGAGCCGACGACCACCUGGGCGAACGUCACGACGAUCUGGUUCAACUCGCCCGACGCCCGCGCCAUCGUGCUCACGUACCUCGUCGAGUACUUUGCGACGCUCGACAAGUGCAUUGACGUCGGUGUCGAUGUCUUUGGCAUCAACGGUGUCGUGCAGCCCAACAAAAUCCCGUCCCUUCUCUCGUGGAUCCGGGACCUGUGCAUGCUUCCGUACCCGUUUCCCCUCCCAGCCGAUCUCAACCGCGACGGAUACGUCAGCGAGCUCGAGAUCGCCACGGGGCUCGUCCAGCAGCGCAACACGGAGCUCGCGACCGUCAACAAUGACCCGGCCAAGUUCUUCGCCAUUCGCGCGACCUUUGACGCGAUCCUCCAGUGCGCGAGCAGUGCGUUCGAGAUCUUUGCCAGCACGACGACGCACCUGCUCAACCCGGCAGAGUUUUUGGGCUUCGAGACGUACACGAACUCGACGUGCACGAAGCCCGUGAUCGACACGGACGUCUCGGGGCCCGACCGCGUCGCAACUCGCGACAUUGCGCUGGCCCUCAACACGAGCGCGCUCCAGUCGCUCGCGAUCGAAGACCACUAUCUCCUCCUGCAGAGCUGCUACGACGACGCGUGGUCAACCGUCGGCCCGUCGCCGUACAGCGGCCUCCUUCAAAACGUCACGUGGUGCAUGACGAAUGCCAAAGCCAACACGCCAUCGGACCUCCUCGUGCUGCCCAAGCCCGACUUCCACUCGCUCCUCAACGCGUCGUAUGUGGGCGAGUACGCGUCGCUUCACGCGCAGAUCGCAUCGCUGCACCAACAAGAGCUCGCGCUCAUCGCCAAGGAGAAUGCGCUCAUCGCGUGCGUCUCGGAGGCGACCGAGACGGUCGCGGACGGCAAGAACCGCGUGCCGCAGCGCUACUUGCCGCGCGCCGAGACUCUCGUCAACACGUGCUACGCCAACGCUUCCUAA